AUGGCUGAGUCACUGCUUCUCCCCUGGGUGCAAGGCUUGGUCGGCAAGGCGGCCGACGCGCUGGUCCAGAGGGUCACCAGCAUGUGGGGCGUCGAUACCUAUCGCCGCAAGCUGGAGCGACAGCUGGUGUACGUGCGGUCCUUACUAGCUGACGCCGAGGAGAAGGCCGAGGCGAAGACUGAGGCUGGCCGCGCCGUCAAGGCGUGGAUGAAGAAGCUCAAGGCUGCCGGGUACGAGGCCGACGACGUCCUCGACGACUUCCGCUACGAAGCUCUGCACCGGGAGGCCCAGGCCGGGGAGUCAACGGCACGCAAGGUACUGUAUUUCUCGCGGGAUCGACUUGUGUUCCAUCAUAAGGCGAGCAGGGAUCUCAAGGACAUACUCGACAAGAUUGACGAGCUGCUGGCGGAGAUGAACACUUUUGGUCUGCUGCAGCGCGCGGAGGCGCCACAAGUUCUGUAUCGGCAAACAUACUCUGCAAUGGAUGAGUCUAUGGAGAUCUUUGGCAGAGACGAUGACAAGGAGGUGGUGGUUAAUAAGUUGCUGAACCAGCAAAAUCAGCAUUAUUAUGUGCAGGUGCUGCCCAUCAUUGGAAUGGGUGGUUUGGGCAAGACCACUCUAGCCAAGAUGGUGUACAAUGACCCCAGGGUUCAAAAUCACUUUGACUUGAAGAUGUGGUACUGUGUGUCUGACAACUUUGAAGCCACAGCUAUCGUUAGAUCUGUCAUCAAAUUGGCUACAGAUGGAAGGUGUGACCUGGCUAAUAACAUUGAGUUGCUGAGAAGAAAACUGCAGGAAGUCAUUGGCCAGAAAAGGUUCCUGCUGGUUCUUGACGAUGUGUGGAAUGAAGAGCAAAGCAAGUGGGAAGACGACCUGAAGCCUUUACUGUGUUCGUCUAAUGGUGGAUCAGGAAGCAUGAUAGUUGUCACAAGUCGAAGCCAACAAGUGGCCUCUAUAAUGGGUACCCUUGCACCCCAUGAGCUAAAAUGCCUGGGUGAAGAUGAUUCAUGGACAUUGUUCUCAAACAAAGCAUUCAGUAAUGGACUACAAGACCAACCAGAGUUUUUCACAGUUGGUAGACGCAUUGUCAACAAGUGCAAGGGACUGCCUCUUGCUCUCAAGGCAAUGGGAGGCUUGAUGAGCUCAAAACCAAGAGUGCAGCAAUGGGAGGACAUUGCCAAAAGAAAUUUGGGCGGGGCCAAAGAUGAAGUGUUGUCCAUACUAAAAUUGAGCUACAGGAACUUGUCAUCUGAAAUGAAGCAAUGCUUUGCAUUUUGUGCAGUUUUCCCUAAGGACUAUGUGAUUGAGAAGGAUAUGUUGACCCAACUAUGGCUGGCAAAUGGUUUUUUUCAUGAAGAAGGAGCAAGGAAAAAUUUGUUGGCACAGAAAGCCGAAUUUGUUUUCAAUGAAUUAGUUUGGAGAUCUUUUCUUGAAGAUGUGAAAGAGAGACAAGUUUUUUAUUCUGGAAGGUACAAGACAGUUGGAUUUAAAAUGCAUGAUUUAGUGCAUGACCUAGCAAAAGAUGUCACAGAUGAAUGUGCAUUUGCAACAGAGCUGAUUCAGAACAAAACAUCGAUAAAGGAUGUAUAUCACAUGCAAAUUUCAAGAGAUGAAUCGAAUGAAACUAGUGGAUUACUGAAGGGCACGUCACCUCUCCGUACUUUAUUAACUCAAUCAAAGCACAAUGACCUUAAGGAGUUAAAAUUGAUGUCAUUAAGAGCUUUGUGCUGUAAAGAUCCUUUUAUUAUCGACAGCCAGCUUAUAAAUGUGGCACAUUUACGAUAUCUUGAUCUUUCUUUGUCAGAUAUUGUUGGAUUACCAGAUUCAUUAUGCAUGUUAUAUAACUUACAAUCGUUGAGGCUUAAUAAUUGUGCAAGGCUACAAUAUUUGCCUGAAGGUAUGACAGUUUUGAGGAACCUCGAGCAUCUUUAUCUUUUGGGGUGUGAGAGUUUAAAACGGAUGCCACCAAAACUUAGCCUACUGCAUAACCUUCGCACACUGACAACAUUUAUUGUGGACACUGAAGAUGAUUGUGGAAUCGAAGAGCUCAAAGACCUACGUCAGCUUGAAGACAGGUUGGAGCUGUACAAUUUGUGUAAAGUAAAGACUGGGUCAGAGUCCAACAUCCAUGACAAACAGAAUCUAAGUGAAUUGUUGUUGCACUGGGGGCGCAAGCUAUCUUAUGAUCCUGCAAGUGAGGAGGUCAGUAAUGCGGAACAAGUACUAGAAUCACUUGCACCUCAUGGUGAGCUCAAAGUUUUGGAGUUACAUCAGUAUGUUGGCUCAGAAAUCUCACAGUGGAUGAGAGACCCUAGAAUGUUCAGGUGCCUCAAGAAACUCCGCAUUUCCUGGUGUAAAAGAUGUAAGGAGCUACCAAUGGUAUGGUUGUCAUCCUCUCUUGAGGAGUUGUUUCUAUCAAGCAUGGACAGCAUGACCACAUUAUGUAAGAACGUUGAUGCAGAAGAUGCAGGAUACAAUAACCAUAUGCAAAUUUUCCCAAAGUUGAACAAGAUGGAGCUUUGGCAUUUGCCGGAGUUGGAGAGAUGGGCAGAAAACAGUGCAGGAGAGCCUAGCAGGUCGGUGGUGUUUCCCCUGCUCAAAGUGCUAAGAAUCGAUGGUUGUCCUAAACUCACUAGUCUUCCGGAGUGUCCAUCUCUCACACGUCUAUAUUGCCGCACUUCCUGGUCGAUAAGUGUUGCCCCUUCCUCGUUGAGAAGUGUUGCCCCUGUGACUGUGAGCAUGCCCUUGGGCUUGUGGCCAUCUCUAGUGCACUUGGAAGUGGGUGUGUUAUCAGACGUGGUCAUUCCUCUACAGAACCAGCAAGGCCAAAGCCAAAGACCCCUAGACACCCUACGAAGUUUGAAGAUAUACCAUGACGACGGCUUCGUAUCCAUAUUUAACCAGUCCACAUUGCAGCUCGGGCUUAAGGAUUGCUUUCCCUUCUUGGAACGGUUGGAAUUUGACUCAUGCUCCAAUAUUGUCUGCUGGCCAGUGGAGGAACUCCGAUGCUUGCCCUGCCUUCGAUCUCUGUAUUUUUUGGGCUGCAACAAGUUGGAGGGGAACGGCUCAUCAUAUGAAGAAAUCCUUCCACUACCCCAGCUUGAAACGUUGCAGAUAGCUUCUUGUGACAGCUUGCUGGAGAUUCCAAUGUUGCCUCCCUCCCUUGAAGAAAUGGGGAUUCGCAUGUGUGGAAGUUUGCUGGCGCUUCCUUCAAACCUUGGAAGUCUGGUCAAGCUUAGGAAUUUAUAUUUGUUUCGCUGCGAUGGACUGAAAGCACUACCUAAUGGAACUGACGGCCUCACUUCUCUUGAGCAGUUGACGAUCAGUGAGUGUCCAGGGAUAGAGAAAUUUCCUCAUGUUCUGCUCCAGCGGCUCCCAGCCCUCAAAUACCUACACAUAGAGGGCUGCCCCGACCUGCAGAGACGUUGCAGAGAAGGUGGUGAGUACUUUGACUCGGUGUCUCCUAUUCCGAGGAAAACCAUUCUAUCAGUAGAAUCCGAGCUACAGAAGCCCACAGGCGUACAGAGCACCGUCUGUUUUUUGAACCCUUACUCAAACAUGAGGUUGCUGGAGAUUCCAAAGUUGCCUGCCUCGCUUGAGGAAAUGAAGAUUUCCUACAGAAUAAGUUUGGUGGCGCUUCCCUCAAACCUGGGAAACCUGGCCAAGCUGAGGAUGCUUGGGAUGUGGGGCUGUGAUCGGCUGAGAGAGCUGCCUGAUGGGAUGGAUGGCCUCACUUCUCUUGAGCGAUUAGCAAUUAGUGGGUGUUCAGGCAUAGAGAAAUUUCCGCAGGGCCUCCUUCGGUGGCUCUCAGCCCUCAAAUACCUAUGUAUACACGGCUGCCCUGACCUUCAAAGACGCUGCAGAAACAGUGGGGACUAUUUUGACUUGGUCUCUUCUAUUCCAGAUAAAUUCAUUCCAGCAACAGAGUCCAAGAAAAAUAAGUUUGUAAAGAAGCUCCUCCCCUUCUAUUGA